AUGGCGGAGGAGGGCGCGGGAGGCCGCGAGCUCCCGAUCGCGCCUGCCGCGGAAGCGGCGCGGCUGUCCGCGGCGGGCCGCCUCGUCGGCACCGUGUCCUUCGCGGCCAUGCUGCUGCUGGCCGGCUCCGCCGCCCUGGCCGCGAGCCUGCACCACGCCUCCGGCCUCGGCCUCCGCGUGGACAGCGUGCACGUCUCCGCGCCCGAGGGCGCGGACUCCGCCGAGGUCGUGAUCGGCGCGGGCCUGGAGCGGCCCGGGUGGACCCCGCACCGCGCCUGGCUUCGCAGCGCCGCGUGCCGGCUGCAGGUGCGGGGCCUGGACAUCGCCGUCGAGGCCCCCGAGGCGCAGCACCUGGGCCCGUCGCGCGUCAAGCUCCACGCCCGCACGCGGGUGUCGCCGGCGGGCGCCGCAGCGCCUGCGCCGGGCGGCUGCGAGGUCACGUCCAGCGUGGACCUGUUCGGACUCGGCGUGCGCGUGGCGUGGACGGUGUGGACGCCCGUGGACAUUUCGGCCGCCAGGGCGCCCAAGAUGUGGAUGCAGCGCAGCGGGGGCCUGACGCGGAAGGGCCCCCGGUCGCUGCAGGACCCCAACGUGACGCUGGAGCAGCCAGCACUGCUGGGCUGGCGGGUGCCCGCCGGGAGCCUCCCCGAGGCCCUGGACGCCCUGCUCGGGAGCGCGAGCAUCAGCCUCGACGCCGCCGUCAGCUACGAGGAGAGCGGGGACCGCUCCGUGCGGCUGACGAAGGCGGUCAACGCCAGCCUGGCCAUCGAGAGCGACGGCGAGGGCGGCUACCUGGUCUCCGUGCCGGCCCUGGUCUCCAGCCACGUGCGCCCCGCCGCCUUCGCGGCCGCCCUCGGGAAGCUGGUCCUCGGCGACUCCCGCGGGGAGCGCGGCGGCGUCCACCGCUCGGUGCGGAUGGUCGCCGUGGCGCCGUCGUCGCCAGUGGCGCAGUGCCUGGGCGCCUCGCAUUCGUUGGGCUGGCGCAGCCGCCGGGGGUCGGCCGUGCACGACCUGGCCCGCGGGGCGAGGCGGCUGCUGGGCCGCCAGCUUGCGAGGUCGCUGGCGGGCUCCGCCGGUGCGCGGGCGGGGCAGCAGCCGCCGCAGGACGCCCGUCGCCUGUCCGGGGCCGGCGAGAGCACCACCUUGACGCUGUCUGAGAUGAUCUACGCAGACGAGUCCCAGAUUGACAUUGACCUCAAUGCCACCAUGACUGACGACGGGAUCGGCCUCGACUUCACCUUCGGCCUGGACGGCGAGACCAUGGUCGAAGUGCACCUGUCUGCUGCGGAGUCGGCCCAGGCGGGGGAGGCCUCCCUGAGCUUGGACGUGGCAGUGGAAGGCGUGGAAGUUGCUAACAUCGUGUACUCUUCAACUGACUCGGCCGACGAGACGUCCCUCUCCGUGCUGAUCAAGGAACCGGGCAGUGGCGAUACCAUCGCUACCGUGUCUGCUUCCUCGAGCGCAAGCGCUGGGGAAUCCCUCUCGGCCAGCGUUUUUGCGAGUGGCACAGAGUUCGUUACCGUCACUGGCUCAAAUAGUAGCGCGUCCAUGAUCUUUUCGGCGGUGAUGAAGGACCCCAGCAAUGCGGCCAGCACGUUGCUCACAGCAUCCGCCUCGGCAACCUACACUGGUGCUGACACGGAGGGCGAUUUCGGGGUCACGGUACACCUAGGAGAUGAUCAGAUCGAGUUAACCGGAUCUUUGACGGAUAGUUAUCGCACACAAGAUGGUUUUUCGAUGGACGCAGAGCUCUCGGUUGGCGGUAGCGCCGUAGGGCGGGCUGAUGUCGAUGGCACCCACGAUGACACUGGUCUGAAUGCCGUCGCGACGGUUGAGAUGUCCGCAGAUGGCAGCUUUGAGCAGAUACUUAAGCUGGACCCCUUCAUUCUGGUGCGUAAGAGCACGAAUUACACGAUCCACGCCACCCUCUUCGACAGCUCGGACACAGAGAUUGCCACAGUUGGCGUGUCGCUCACCAAUGAGCCUGCCGGUGGCCAGGUGCAAGAUGUGGACAUCCAGCCGUUCAGCCCCAUGGACUCCAGUCUCAACGUUACCAUGACCGUAUCAUUGGCCAGCGCCGUGCUCGAAGCCCUUACAGACGCAGGGGAUAUUCCAUGCCUGCAGGGUUCGUGCUCUGUGGAUGUGGGCGUGCACAGCCAGCACAUGGAGCUGACCUUCUCAUCGGUACCAUCAGGUGAGCAGGAAGCCUACCGCGCGGUUCUCGGCUUGAUCACGAGGGACACGCUCUAUUUCGCAGGGGGAUCAGUCACUGCGCAGGGCGUGAACCUGAUCGUAGCAGACGUGCAGCUAGGCAACGGCAAUUCGGCCAUCGCAGCCGACCAGUUCGCCUUGUCGUCUACUGGCACCCUGAAGGACGGGGACAACGAGAAGAUUAUUGGAUGGGAUCUGAGCGCCGACGUAUCCACUUCCCUCCAGUCCAUGGAGCUGACCUUGGACAACAAGUCUGGCCCUCUGCUCGAGGCGACCGUCUCCUUCACCGAGCUCGCCGCGAGGAGCACGUCCGCGGGGGAGAUCAAGCUCGAGGGCGAGAGGGCCGCCAAGUGGGAUUUCGCCUCGGAGACGGCAGGCUCCACGACCACCGUGGAGAUGGCUGUCUGGGACGCGGAGGGCGAGCUUGCCGCCGCCAGCGCCUCGACCACCGUGGACGCGUCGGCCGGCUCGGAGGUGUCCCUUGUGAGCCUCGCGCUCAGACCGGGGAGCGGGCAGGACCCCGAGGCCCUCGGCGGCGUCCGGCUCGAGACGGUCGACGCGUCCGGGGACCGGGCGGCCUUCCAGCUCCAGGUCCUCGGCUCCGACCUGCAGACGCCCUUCUUCCAGCUCGACGCGGCCGUGGACUUCACGGCGGAUGGCGGUCUCCGCCUGCUCACCGACUGGGACGCUUCCGUCGAGGCGCAGGUCUGGGACCCCGGCGACACCGCCGCGGGAGUGAUGAUGACCAUGUCGGUGACCAGCAGCAGCUCUGGGGGUGUCUUCACGUCUGGGAUGGCCAUGGAGGACGCGGACGGCACGCAGUUGAUGAAUUGGUCCAUCACGGGAACGAGCGCUUCCGAUGGCAUCUCCACCCACGGGACUCUCGGAGACGUCAUGGCCAUUACGCUGGCCAUGUCGAAGCCCGACGGGCGCCUUGACACGAUGUCUCAGAUGGACUUGACGUUGACGAUGGAGAGCAUGAUGGACGGCGAAGACGAUGACGAGAUGGAGCAAGGACAGACUCGGGAGCACGAUGAUGAGGAGGAGGACACUGACGAUUGGGACUCAAUGGACUUGAGCAACGUAACCAUCUCACUCAGCCUUGGCUACGAUGGCACGGACACUUGGGAUGCAACUGGAAUCGUGAGCCAAAGCGGCGACACGAUUGCUUCAGUGGAGGCUCACGUACACGAAGAAUGGGUCUCUUUGACCUCUUGGGCCAACGAAGAUGUUGGGGACAUGAUUGGCGCCGGGUCCGUCUACGAGUACGUCAACACCAGCAUGCCGUUCUCCGACUCAAGUGACAUGUGGUCGAUCAAUUACGUUCAGACGAGCGACUACAUCGAGACCACUAACGUUAGCUGGCAUUCGGACGCCAGCACCGGAAUCUCUGGCUUCUCUUUCAAGUCGUUCGCGAUGGAGAUGGACGACGGCGGCGCGUGGCAGUACAUCUUCACCGCCAACGCCACGGGAGAGAGCACUGGGGGGCCAGUGACCCCCACGCCAGCGCCACCGGCGCCGACCACGAUGACCGUCUCGGGGAGCUUUAAGGCUAGAGUGGCGGCUUCCGAUGCCCAGGACUUUAUCAGCAACCCCGUCGUCGUGGCGGCUUUCGUGAGCUCGAUCGCCGAGAGGGUCAAUGCGCCAGAGUCGAUGGUGGAGGUGACGCUCUCGGUGCAGAGCAGCCGGAGGUUGGCGGCCGGAGGUGGCAGGAGGAUGACGGCCCAGGCAGAGAUCUUGGUCUCCUACGUCAUCACCGCAGAAGUGAGCUCCUCCAGCGACGGAGGUGCCAUCAGUGAAAGCGACUUCGACAGCAUGGUAGAUGCCCUGGAGAGCACCACCGCGGCCGACUUCGUGGCAGGUUUCACCACGGAGCUUCAGGAAAGAGACGGUGGGAUUGCCUCUCGCUACUCUGCGGUGGCGGCGGUGGAGAACUCGGAAACAGCCCCAGCCACCGCCAUUGUCCAACGUGGGGCGACUGCUGGCGCACGUGCUGCAUUCCCGCAGGCGUUGUUGUUUGCUACCGCCUGCGGGCUGGCACUCUAA